CUGAUGCAAUCAAAGGCAGGAAAAGCAUUUAGGAAGUUUCUUCCCCUCUUUGAUCGUGUCCUGGUUGAAAGAUGUGCAGCUGAGACAGUAACCAAAGGAGGCAUCAUGAUUCCAGAAAAAGCCCAAGGGAAAGUGCUACAAGCAACGGUAGUAGCAGUUGGCUCUGGAGCCAAAGGAAAGAAUGGUGAGAUUCAGCCAGUGAGUGUGAAAGUUGGUGAAAAGGUUUUGCUACCAGAAUAUGGUGGGACGAAGAUUGUACUAGAAGAUAAGGACUACUACUUGUUUAGAGAUGGCGACAUUCUUGGGAAAUAUGUGGACUAAACUUGUUGCAGUAUCAGUCAUCCAUUCCACUAAAAUGCUGAAAUUUUCUUUCAUCAUGUAAAUAAUGUCCUUUGUUUUAUAAUAAACAGGCACCGAGUCUCUGAAAUAACUUGUGAUCUCACUGUAAUGAUGGAACACAAAUAAAAACAUGUACAGUCAGAAAUCAGUUGCUCUUGCUUGAGCUCCAUUGAACAGUGAAAUUCAGAUGACCGCUAAACAGCCUUAAUUAUUCUAAAUGCCACCAUUUUAUAUCCGUAUCCCUGUACUGACAAUGUAAAGGUCUUUACAAUAAACUUCUAGAACU